AAUCAUUCGCUUGAAACCGUAAAUCGAAAUAGGUAGGUACUUAUUCAGGUUAUUUCAAAGCUUCGAGUAUAGUGAUUUUACCCAUCUCUACUUAUUUGUGUUUACUGAAUUUACUUACAAUAAAGUUUUGCUAUUCAAUAAGUUAUAUACAGCCAAUUAUUAAAUUUUCUAAAGCUAUUAUAAACUGUAAGAAGCACCAUGGAACUCACAGCAGAAGGAAAAACUCCAGAAUAUAUGGCCUUAGCUGGUAUAAAAUUUAAACUCUCUUUGAGCCAGUUUAAAAAUGAUCCACAAUUGAAAGAUCAGUUACUACAGGGAAUUAAAGCAGGGAAUAUGGCUCCCUAUUAUAAAGAAGUUUGUUCAGAUUUGGGUUGGGAGUUCAACCAAAAAUUGUACGAUGAGAUGACUAAACAAAAUGAAGAUAAACUCUCUAAGUUUGAACAAGAUGAUUCUGAAACGCCGGUAUGGCAAGAUCGGCUUGAUUACCUAUGCUCAAUUGGAGACAAAGAAGCUGCAACAGCAUUGGCAGUAACUAAGUAUGAGGAUUCUACCUUAACAACCAACAGAAGACUGGAGGCUGUGUUUGCGUUGUUUAGAAUUGCCUACUUCCAUGGAUGUAAUGUUAAAGAUAUGGGAAAGGCUGUUACUAAGGCUCAUGAACUUGUUGAUAAAGGUGGAGACUGGCGUUCCAGGAACAAACUAAAGGCAUAUGAGGCACUUUAUUGCUUAGCAGUUAGAGAUUACAGCCGUGCUGCAGAUCUCUUCAUCGAUUGUGUGUCCACAUUUGAAUCAUAUGAAUUGGUUGAUUUUGGUACCAUAAUCCAAUACUGCGUCCUCGCUUGUGCUCUUGCACUGGAGCGCCACGCAUUACAAUCCGCAUUGAGACGGCAGGGCGCCGCUGUUCAGGCACUGAGGUCGCGGUUCCCUGAACUUCGUGAAUUGGUAGAGUCUCUGCAUGAGUGCCGAUAUGCAGAUUUCAUGAAGAGUCUUGCAUGGGUGGAGACCCAGAUUUGCGUGGACCCGGUGUUCAGGCCUCACUACCAGCACUACGUGCGCGAGGCUCGCAUUAAGGCCUACAUGCAACUGUUGCGUGCGUACCGCUCGCUCAGUCUGGACAACAUCGCCGAAACAUUUGGUGUGACAAGAGAGUUUGUUGAAGACGAGAUCUCUAAUUUCACCGCGGCGGGUCGUCUUCAGUGCCGCAUCGACGCGGUGGGCGGGUGCGUAGUGACGGGCGCAGGUCGGGGCGCCGACGCAGACCGCUCGCACCUCUACCAGGCGACCAUCCGCGAGGGAGACUUACUACUCAACCGUGUUAAGAAACUCGCCAGCGUCAUCAACUUCUAAAUCCACAUUAUUGUGUACAGAUUGAAUUGAAACUAUCAACAUUUACCAGUAGUAACCGUGCAUCCAAACCGUAGUUAACUUUUGUGGCUACUUAUUACUAUGCGCCACAAAUAUUUCCGCAAAAUAAUUUUUUUUACGAAAAUAAGGGACGAGACGAGUAGGACGUUCAGCUGAUGGUAAUUUAUACGCCCUGCCCAUUACAAUUCAGCGCCGCUCAAGAUUAUUGAAAAACUCAAAUAUUCUGAGCGGCACUACAACUGCGCUCGUCACCUUGAAACAUAAGAUGUCAAGUCUCAUUUGCCCAAUAAUUUCACUAGCUACGGCGCCCUUCAGACUGAAACACAGUAAUGCUUUCACAUUACUGCUUCACGGCAGAUAAAGGCACUGUUGUGGUAACCAUAAUCUAGCCGGCAUGCUGUGCAAAGGAGCCUCCCACUGGUAAAAAACGUAGUAUGGUAAAUGUUCUCCAACUAACAUAUUCUAACAAUAUUAUGGAUUGUUUUAUAGAAUGUCGACUGUUUUCCGCAACGUUGCUUACAUAUUAAUAAUAAUAAUAUUAACACACUCUUACACAAAUUAUCUUGCCCCAAACUAGGCUGAGCCACAAGACAACGACAUAUUUAAUAUGAUAUACUUAACUACUAUAUACUAACUUAAUAAAUAACUUUUUGUUUUCGGAUGUUGCUGAGUAGGAAGUACACUUGGAAACGUUGAAAGCAACUGCGGUGUGGAUGCAUGGUUUAACACAAUUUAUAAUUUAAUGUUACAUUAAAAAAUUGUGCGAUAAUCACGACUUCUGUGAUGUUUUGUGUUUUUCGUUUGCUCUGUGAUUAUUUAGAAUAUUCUGCAAUAUAUUUUCCUUCAAGUGCGAUGAUUUUAUCGUUAGGCAGUCAUUAAUGUCAAUAGUAGUUUUUUGUAAUUUUGACAGAAAAUCGCUCUAGAAAUUUAAAACACACAAUACCUUUUAAACUGGUCCCAAAAUUGUAUUAAAUCAAUGUUGUAAGUUUAUAAUAAAUUUUAAUAUUAUG